GCAGCCACGUCAGGGUCGCUUCCCCGGGGCCCCGCCCCGGCCGACCCCACCUUUUCGCGCGGCUCCACCCCGUCGCCCCCUUCCCGGUGGCCCCUCCCCGCGCAGGUCCCGACUCCAGCCGCACCUCCUCCGGCUCUGCAGUGGCGGCAGGGAGGCGAGCCGGAGCGCCUGCGGGGCCGGGCCGGAUCCGAGCCGGGGUCGGGGUAACCGCGAGGACCCCCGGAGGCGGGGCCUGUGGGACCGCGAUGGGCGUGGAGAUCGAGACCAUCUCCCCGGGAGACGGAAGGACAUUCCCAAAGAAGGGCCAAACAUGCGUGGUGCACUACACAGGAAUGCUUCAAAAUGGGAAGAAAUUCGAUUCAUCCAGAGACAGAAACAAACCUUUCAAGUUCAGAAUUGGCAAACAGGAAGUCAUCAAAGGUUUUGAAGAGGGUGCAGCCCAGCUGGGUCCUCUUUCUCCUCUCCCCAUCUGCCCCCAUCCCUGCUAGAUGAGCUUGGGGCAGAGGGCGAAGCUGACCUGCACCCCUGAUGUGGCAUAUGGAGCCACAGGCCACCCUGGUGUCAUCCCUCCCAAUGCCACUCUCAUCUUUGACGUGGAGCUGCUCAACUUAGAGUGAAGGCAGGAAGGAACUCGAAGUGGCUGGAGAUGGCUGCUGCUCACCCUCCUAGCCUGCUCUGCCACUGGGACGGCUCCUCCUGUUUGGGGCUCUUGAUCAGUGUGCUAACCUCACUGCCCUGCGGUAUUAUCCAUUCUUUCUGCCCAAGUUGCUUUAUAUGUGUUCGUCAUUGUUCACGUGCAUCUUUGCUUGAGGAAACUUCGGCUGCAGAUCAAAAAGUCAGGUUGUGCAUUUUAUGUGAUGCAUGUAGUAACCAUUUCUGAUCACAGAACACAGAUCUCUUGUUUGCACAAUCUAUACUGCCUUACCUUCACUUAAGUCAGAUACAAAAGGUGCUCAGACAUGCAAUGUACAUGGUGUACACGAGGGACUUGAGCCAGUUACCUUUGCUGUCACUUUCUCUUAUAAAUUCUGUUGGCUGCUCAAACAAUUGUCCUCUUUGGAAAUAAUAUGUAAAAUAAAGACUCUGUGCUUGAUAACUUCCUGUCCAUUCUUCUUGUAGGUGGGAAGUGCUCUAAGGACCAUACAAGCCAGUUGCCCUUAGGGAAGAAUAGAAAGGAGACUUUCAAGUGAUUAGGACAAUGGUAGUAAAUUUAAUAACAAUGUGAGCAUUGUUUAUGCUGGGCCUUGUUCUACAUACUUUUAAAUAAAAUCACCGAUCCUCUCGAUCCUCUCGAUCCUCUGGGCAACCUUGCAAUGUGGGUAUUACCUGUUACUCAUCUAACAGGCUCAGAAUUCUCUGUAUAAUUAGUCCAAUGUAGGAUUUAAGCACAUCAUGUGAUCUUGCAAUCUCUACUUGUUUGGAUUAGAGUCUUCACUCAGAUGGGAACAUUUUGGGUUUGUGAACAAAUAUAAGGGCUUAGAACCAUACAAAACUCAUACUGGGAAGUAGCUUUUGAAAAGCAUGUAUGAUUCUGAGUUUGUUUUCACAUACACUUGCUUGGUUUCAUCCCAGAUUUGCUAUUAUGUUAGGAAAAUUACUUCUGGGAUGUAUGAUUCUGAACUUGUUUCCACAUGUACUACGUUAUUUCCUUUUUCUUCUUUUUGUUUUGAGACAGGGUCUCAAUAUGUUGCGUAGGCUGGCCUCAAACUCCUGAACUCAAGUAAUCCUGCCUCAGCUUUCCAUAUAGCUGGGACUGUAGGCACAUGCCACCAUGCCCAGCUAUACUACUUAUUUUCAUCAACAUUUCCUGUAACAAACUGGAAUCCCUGGUUAGAUUUAAAAUCAAUCCUUAUGCUGUGGGUGGUGUUAUACAUCAGCAGAAGCUAGGACAAUGUUUUUCGAAUUGGCAUAGGGUGAGGUAAGAUCUUGGCCAGUUAGUGAUGACUUGGAAUUGUUUCUAAAUUGAGAAGGGAGGGGCUGGUAACAAUACCCUUAAGUUUCCUUCA